AUGGAAGGACAAAUAAAUGAGCUUGUGAGUUUUCUUCGUGACCCUAACCCCGAAGUGCGUCGAGGCGCAUUAAGUCAUUUACUCGGGUAUACUGCCAAAACGUCACAAUAUCAGUAUAUAUUUAAGCUAAAUAAUAAGCAGCCUAUUAGAGAUUUGAAACUUUUGUGUAUGGAUAAUCCUUUAAUAGCACACGAUGCUUUUUCAGCCCUGAUUAAUUUGUCAGAGGAUACCGAAAUAUGCAAAGAACUGGACGACAACAAAUUCUUAAAGUAUUUGAAUCCUAAAGUAAUACUUGCGGAUUUAGUGUGUAUGCUAUUAUCAAACAUUACCAAGGAUGAAAAAAUUGCCGAUAAGUUAUUAAAUGCGACUAUGCCUGAAACAGCUAACACAACAAACACCACUUUAGUAUCCUCCACACGUGCAAUGGAUCAAUUGGUUGAUGUAUUUGUAAAAGGUGUAAAUAAGGAGUACAACAAACAUGCCGAAUACCAUUUUUUAUCGAGUGUAUUUGCUAAUGUUACUAUCUUACAACAAGGUCGAGAUUUUUUCUUGACUGAUGCGCCGCAAUAUAAUUUACCACCUCUUACAAGUCUUAUUAUUUUUAUUGAACAUUCUAACGUAAUUCGAAGAGGUGGUGUUGUGUCAUGUAUAAAAAACUGUUGUUUCAAUGUAUCCCAGCAUCUUGAUCUGCUAUCCGAAUCGAAAAUUAAUCUUUUACCGUAUAUAUUACUUCCACUUUGUGGUCCCGAUGAAUUUGAUCCAGAUGAUAUGGAGGGCAUGCCAGAAGACAUACAGUUUUUACCACCGGAUAAGAAACGUGAAACAGACCCACACCUUCGUCAAACACUCUUAGAAACGAUACUACUUUUAACCAGCACACGACAAACACGCGACAUACUCCGUGCCAAAAAAGUUUACCCCGUUAUACGACAAAUGCAUCUCGUGGAAAAAGACGAAAAUGUUGGUCAUGUCGCUGAGAAUAUUGUGAAUAUGUUGAUGCGUGAUGAGGCGGAAGAAGAAAAGUCAGAAUUAUCGUCGCAAAAGGAAAUUGGUGGCGGUGUUGAUGAUAAAGACGUCAAUAAAGGAAAAGAGGAUAUACGUGUGUAUCGAAGAAAGAAACUAGAACAACAUUUUUAUUUCUCUCAUCAAAAUCCUUUUUCCGAUGUCCAGCAGGCCAGCAGUGCAAAAACAUGGGAAACCUGUUUUAGACCUGUCGCCAAGCUGCAUCGUUUCUGGAUUAGAAGCCCAAAGAAACAGUCAUUGUCUUUAAAGACAGGCCUAGGAUCUGAAUGA